AUGGUUGUCUCCGAAGCCAGAUUUAUCCACGACAGUGACUCCGAGCCAGACGAGAAAGUACCUCUUACAUCAUAUCUAAAUAAAAAUGGUAAACAUAAUGAAGAUGAAACAAAAGGUUGGGACGUGUUCGAAGAUCCACCGAUCAAGAAAGAAGUGGGUUCUUUGGUCAGCACUAGAAAAUUCGAGAUAUUAACUAAAAUUACUAAAGUUUUUGCAUAUAUUCUUACAUUUGCAAUAGUAUUAGGGGGUGGUAUUAUUUCCAAAGGGACUAUGUUGUUUAUGACGUCACAAAUCAAGAAGGGACGGAAAAUCGAUCACUGUAAUUUAGAUAUAGAUCGAAAAAAACAGUUUGUAUCUGUUUUACCCGAAGAACAGAGAUGGGCCUGGGUUUGGGCCCUAAUUUUUGCCUAUAUGGCCCCAGAAAUAGGAACUUUUAUAAGAUCGUGCAGGAUAUGUUAUUUUAAAACUUACAGGAAACCUAGUUUAUUUAGAUUUUUAGUAGUUCUUGUUUUAGAAACCCUUCAUACUUUAGGAAUGGCAAUUUUGGUGUUUGUAAUUUUACCAGAAUUGGAUGUGGUCAAAGGAGCUAUGUUGACAAAUUGUUUUUGUUUUGUUCCAUCAAUAUUAAGUGUAUUAUCUCGUAACUUAAACAAAAGACGAGGACCCCUCUACAUGAGUUUAGACGUUUUUGCAGUUUGUGCCCAAAUUACAGGUUUUGUGGUAUGGCCAAUUUUAGAAGGAAAAAUGGAAUUGUACUUUAUACCACUUGCUACAAUUUUAAUUUCGUGCGGAUGGUGGGAAAAUUAUGCUCUGAAUAAAAGCUCGAUAGGAUUUAUACAACAAAUUGGUGCCUUCAAGGAAAAAUUAAUCCUAGACAGAUAUUUCACAUAUAUGUUUGUCUCAUUAUGGAAAUGUUUUACAUUUCUAAGUUUUGCAAUAAUUGCUUUGUGGAUACAAAAUGAAAACAUCAAAGAUAUGUUUACAAUGUACAAAACAGGAUUUGGUAAAAACCAAUAUAUAAUUAAAGAGAUAAGUCCCAUAGUAUCACCAUCAGAUCCCAACAACGGACAAAGCAAACACCAACUAUUUCCUUCCCAAGAAAACGUCAUAACAUACGUCAUCUUUAUCCAAGUACUUUCUGCAUACUUCAGUUACAUUUUUGGAAAAUUUGCCUGCAAAAUUGUCAUACAAACCUUCAGCUACGCAAUUCCAGUUUGCCUAACAGUUCCUGCCUUGGUGGCAGGGUUGGUGUCGAUGAGCGAAUUACGUAAUACAGAUCCUUGUUAUUAUCAUGGAAUUAUACCGGAUUAUUUAUUCUUUAAUAGUCCAGCUCUGUACUCGUUUUCUGAAUAUAUUACCCAGCAACAUGCCUGGGUUUGGAUUUUGUGGUUGAUUUCACAAGUUUGGGUAACUUGGCACAUUUGGACGCCCCAGAGCGAAAGAUUGGUGCCUACUGAAAAGUUGUAUGUGACGCCUAUGUAUAAUGGGUUGCUGAUUGAUCAGUCUUUGGCUAUGAAUAGGAAACAAGAUGAUGUACCACCAGUAAGUAAAAAAAAUAUAGACAUGCUAAAAUUUGUUUCAAACUACUAUUUCUAUUACUAUUGCAAAGAUGAGGCUGAAAAAGCACCUUCUGAAAAAACUUCUAGAAUUAUUGUUUGUGGCACCAUGUGGCACGAAACUAAAGACGAGAUGAUAGAAUUUUUAAAAUCUAUUUUAAGACUGGACGAAGACCAAUGUGCUAGGAGAUUGGCCAAUCAAUACUUCAAUCACUACGACAAUGAUUAUUAUGAAGUUGAAACUCAUAUUUUCUUCGACGAUGCCUUCACAAUCUGCAAAGACAACCCUGAAAAUACUCAAAUCAACUCAUUCGUCAAACUUUUAAUCAACACAAUGGACGAGGCUGCUUCGGAGGUUCAUCAAACCCACAUUCGAAUUAAACCACCAAAAGCAUAUCCCACACCUUAUGGAGGUAGAUUAAUUUGGACUUUACCAGGAAAAACUUUGAUGAUUGCCCAUUUGAAAGACAAAGAUAAAAUUAGGCAUAAGAAGAGAUGGUCUCAGUGCAUGUACAUGUAUUAUAUGCUGGGUUAUAGGUUGAUGGACUUGCCGAUACCUCAAGAGAAAAAGGAUCUUUUGGCUAAAAAUACUUAUUUGUUGGCCUUGGAUGGUGAUAUUGAUUUUAAACCGCAGGCUGUUUUGUUAUUGAUAGAUUUGAUGAAGAGGAACUCUAAUUUGGCAGCUGCUUGUGGACGUAUACACCCGAUUGGAUCAGGUCCUAUGGUUUGGUACCAGAAAUUCGAAUACGCCAUCGGACAUUGGUUGCAAAAAGCAACAGAGCACAUGGUAGGUUGUGUACUUUGCAGUCCUGGUUGUUUUUCGUUAUUCAGAGGUGAAGCACUUAUGGACAAAAAUGUUAUGGCAAGGUACACCAUGAAAUCUAGCCAAGCCAGACAUUAUGUGCAGUAUGAUCAGGGCGAAGAUCGUUGGCUUUGUACUUUAUUGCUACAAAGGGGUUGGCGUGUUGAAUAUUCAGCAGCUAGUGAUGCCUAUACACAUUGUCCAGAAGGGUUCAACGAAUUUUACAACCAAAGACGUCGUUGGAUUCCCUCAACCAUGGCUAAUAUUUUUGAUUUGUUGCUUGAUGCAAAACGAACCAUCAAGUCCAAUCCAGAUAUAUCAGGCUUGUAUAUAUUUUACCAGAUUAUACUGAUGGCUGGCAGUAUUUUAGGUCCUGGUACAAUAUUCCUGAUGCUUGUUGGUGCUUUCAAUGCUGCCUUCAAAAUUGACAACUGGGAUUCUUUGCUAUACAAUUUGAUUCCUUUGCUGAUUUUCAUGUUUGUUUGCAUACUGUGCAAUUCUAAAAUACAGUUAUUCUUUGCUGGUCUGAUUAGUACAGUAUACGGUUUGGUCAUGAUAGCAGUAAUAGUUGGCCUGAUGAUACAGAUCACAGAAGAUGGCCCUUUAGCACCAUCAUCAUUGUUCUUUUUCAUAGUUGCUGGUGAAUUGAUAAUUGCAGCCAUAAUGCAUCCUCAAGAAGUCGGAUGUUUGCCUUAUGGCUUAAUUUAUUACGUAACAGUCCCCAGUAUGUACAUGUUACUGAUCAUUUAUGCUGCUUUCAAUAUGAAUGAUGUCUCUUGGGGAACUAGAGAAGUUGUGGUGCCUGCUGGGAAAAAAACAGCCAAGCAACUCGAGGAGGAGAAAAAAGCCUUGGCACUGAACAAAAAGGCAUCGACAACCGACAAACUUUUGGGACUUUUCAAGACAAAUCAAACCAAAGAAGAAGAAGGUUCUUUUGAACUAUCUUUUGCCGGAUUGUUCAAAUGUUUACUUUGUACCCACGAAAAAAAUUCUGAAGAAAAAAUACAACUGAUGCAAAUCAAUAACACCUUGAACUCUGUUUCUAGGAAGUUGGAACGCCUUGAAAAAGCUUCUGAUCCUAAUUCUGGUAAUCGUAGACGUACAACUUUAAAUAAUUUGAGAAGACAAAGUGGUUUACCACCGAUUCCUCCUGAGGAAGAUGUUGAAGUUAGUAUGACUGAAGACAGUGAUGAUCAACAAGAAGAAAAACCAAAGGUAGUACGUGAUUUUCUUCAAAACCCAUUUUGGAUUGAAGACGACCUUCUGCAAAAAAGCCAGAUCGAUUAUCUCCCUGAGGAAGAGAAAACUUUUUGGAAAGAUUUGAUCAAAAAAUAUUUGGAACCUAUUAAAAAAGAUGAGGAGGAAGAGAAAAGAAUCAAAUCCGAUUUGAAGGAUCUCCGAGACAAAGUGGUAUUUGCAUUUUUUAUGCUAAAUGCAUUGUUUGUAUUAAGUAUAUUUUUAUUGCAAGCAAAUAAAGAUUUACUGCACAUCAAGUGGCCACUUGGUGUCAAAAGUAAUGUUACAUAUGAUGAUGGAGUUAAAGAGAUCACAAUUUCUAGUCAGUAUUUAGAAUUGGAACCAAUUGGUGUCGUAUUUUUAGUAUUUUUUGCCCUAAUUCUGGUUAUACAAUUUACUGCAAUGUUGUUCCAUCGUCUGGGAACUUUGUCACACAUUUUAGCAAUAGCUAAAUUAAAUAUCAGAUCUCCAAAGGAAAAGAAAAAGAUGGGUAAAGAAAUUACAGUAGGAUCUGAUAUGGUGGAACUGGCUCGUCGUAUGAUGAGUCUAAAAUAUGCCAAUGAAGUCGAUGUUGAUGAAGAUGAAGAACCUGCAGGAAGACGAAAAACUGUUCAUCAUUUGGAAAGUUUGAAAAAUAAACGGGAAAAAAUCUGGCGACUUGAGGAUGCUUUUAAUCUUAGAUACGAAGAUCCUAAACUUACAGAUAACAAGAAAGUUUUCAAAGAUCUACGAAUCAGUUCGAGAGACCUGGAGAUUUUUGAAAAACGCAGGACGACUGUUUUUGAAAACCGAAAGUCUCAACUUAUGGCUUUACAAGAAGAGGUGGAAGCAAUUAAUGGUGGCCCUCCUGGAAAUAGCAACAGCGAUUUACGAGAAAGACGAAGUGCCUAUGAACCUUUCUAUCCUGAUCCUGAUGCACCCAGGCCAAGUAAAGUUAAAUUUGGAGAUCAAUAA